UCUGAUGCCAGAUUAAUGUGAGUGACAGCUGAGAGGACUGAUAUCACUGUACAGUUUGUCAUGGAGGCAAAUCCUGUAGGACAGCAGUCAGUCUGCUAUGUGAGUCACUUUGGUUAAUGACUCAUGUUUGUGUGAGAUCCCAUCCAGACAUGUUUAAAGACAUACACAAGUAAUUCCUAUCUGAUAUGGUUCGAUCAUUAAUCUCAAUAAAAUGGCAUCUCCUCAGUGGGAGGGUCAUUACUGCAUGUUUGUGCCCUGGCUGCAGAUACGUGGCACUGUAUGUGUUGAUUGGCUCCAAACUAGUUGUCCAGGUGUUACAGUGAGAUUUAAAGUGAGAUCAGAGAAACCUUCAAAAUCAUUUUGUUCAGCUUUGACUCUAUGUGUGUUAGAACUCCUGUUGUGGCUGUAAGAUGAAUACAAUAUAAUAUUACUGGUAAUUCAGGGAGUCCUGCUGCGUCAGUACAACAGACAUGUCAAACAGUGGAGUCAGCUAAUUAAAAUGACAGAAGAUAUAACGAAGAAGAAGGUAUUUAUGUAGAGUGGAGUUCUCUCUGUUUGUUUCUUACUCUUUGAGCAGGUGGAUGUUCUGGUUAUAUUAUGCAGGUAUAAUCUGUGUUUGGCUUUAAUAUAAGUCAAAAACAAUAAACUGAGUGCUGAAUGUGAUUUGUGUUUUCAGCGAGUGAUGCAGUAAGACCCAUUUUCUUUUGAAUUGCGCAAUGAUUCAAGAAAUAUUACUCUGAUUUUACCACCAUUAUGUAGUAAAUAGAUUGUCAGUGAUUUAUUAAUUUUGUUGAAGCCACACAGGUCUGAAAUCCUAACUGUAAAUAUAAUUUGAAUUGUUUGCUUUUUAAAACUUGUUUAUAGUAGUGUUGAAAGUGUGUAACCUGCUGGAUCUGCAUGACACUAAGAAUUUGAACUCAAAUACUUUUAUAAGUUAAGAAGAGAAUUAUGAAUAAUUAGUGAGCAUGACUCAUUAAAUCCUGCAGGAUUACUCGCUAUCUCGUGCUUUAACGCAUCAAACGCCACAAUUUCUGGCAUUAAUCGGAAUAAAAGCAUUAUUUGAGAUAAUAAAAAAUAGUAGCUCAGCAUCUGCCCUGUGUCUUUAGCACUACCUGCUCAGUCAGAAUAUGUUUGAAAUGAGGAUUAAAUGGAGAUUUAUGAAAGUAAAAUAGAUUUUGUGCAGCACAGACUUGUGACCAACGUGUCAGUUAGUUAUCGGAGCAGAUGAUAACAGAACUGCACUCAGCACAGCAAAGAGCCAACAACUGGACUAGAAGUUAAAUUUGACUGAAAAGUUACAUUUAGUAGAUUAUAACCUGUAUGUUAAUGGCAAUAUGAUGACUAUAUUUUCAACACAUACAGUAACUGCAAACUGUGAGAUCCUUAGUGGUUUUUUUUCCAAAAGCACAAGUUCAGAAGUGUGUUUAUUUUACAUUAACAUGUCCUACUAACUACUUUACUGUUCUGUUCAAGGCAACAGAGCGAACAAUUCUCAUUAGUUUUCAUGUUAGUAUUACAUUUCGUUAGCUGGCUUGAGCUUUCAUUUAAAGCAACACAAUCUACUGUGACUUGAAAUCGAGGAUCCAUUAUCUCAAAAAUAAUUGUAACAUUUUCAGAGAUCAGUCUGCUGCUCUUACUGCUGUGAAUGUCAUUAUGUAUUGUGCACGAACAGCAAAACUGACAAGUUAGCAACAGGGAAGGUUUAAUGAACAGUGAAUCAUGUUUGCAGUAUUGGGAGAGGCAGUUUGAAGUUGUUUUGUGUAUGAAAGGGAGGGUUGAAAGAAAAUAUACGUGAUGCUGUAGAUGGGCUUUUUUCAAUCUCACAGCCGAAUCAUUUCCAUGAAGAGUCGAAUGUUUCAUUUCCGAUGAGCCAAGUGUGAGAUAUUGUGAACUUUACUUUCCUCAUUAGGGUUUGCAGAGGUGAUAAUGAGAAGAAAUUCUUUCACAUUUUCCGCUUAUUUCCCAGAAAUUUCAUGUGAAAAAUUCCCAACUUCCCCCCUCCUGAAGUCUGCUGUGUCUUCAGUGUUCGAGUGAAGUCCAGAAGAUGAAUGAUAUGGAGGAAGAUGAAGACAGACCAGAGUCUCCAGUAUCCAGCUGUUUGUCUAUGAAGAGUGACUUCUCCAAAGAUGAACCUCCAUUCUUCAGUAAUGAACCUGGACCCUCAGACACAAAAGGUCAGCAUCAGAGAGCAGAGUCUCCAGUACCCAGCUGUCUGUCUCUGAAGAGUGACUUCUCCAAAGAUGAACCUCCAUUCUUCAGUAAUGAACCUGGACCCUCAGACACAAAAGAGAGGAAGAGGAGGGCUGUUUCUGUGGAGGAGCAGCUGUCCUGCUGUUCUUUGUGUCAGGACGUCCUGAAGGAUCCAGUCUCUACCAGCUGUGGACACUGGUUCUGCAGACAGUGUAUCACCUCAUACUGGGACAGGUCUGCUUCAUCAGGAGACUCCUCCUGUCCCCAGUGUGCAGAAAGAUCCAGAACCAGACCUGGACUGCAGACAGACAGUCAGACCAGCACUGUACAAAUAGAUGGUCUGCAGGAGGUUUUAGAUGAACAUCAGAUCUGUCUGAGCAGCACAUGUGAAUGUGUGACUCAAGGAACUGAUGAAGCAGGAAGUGAAAUCCUUCUCAUCAGCAUCUUCACUGAGGUCCACAUCACAGAGGGACAGAGUGAAGAGGUUAAUACCCAACAUGAGGUGUGGAAGCUUGAAACAGCUUCUAAGAUGAAGACCCUCAAUUACGCUCCAAUCAAGUGUCAGGACAUCUUUAAAGUCUUACCUGACCAACAGAAACACAUCAGAGUGGUUCUGAUGAACGGCAUCGCUGGCGUUGGAAAAACCUUCUCAGUGCUGAAGUUCACUCUGGACUGGGCACAGCGCUCCAACAACCAAGAUAUCAGUCUGCUGAUUCUGUUCUCGUUCAGGGCGCUGAACUUGAUCAAAGAUGAGCAGUACAGUCUGCUCAUGCUGAUCCAUGUUUUCUAUCCAACAUUACAGAAGCUCACAGCAGAGAAGCUCGCUGUCUGUAAAGUUCUGUUCAUCUUUGACGGCCUGGAUGAAAGCAGACUUUCACUGGAUUUCAACAACAGUGAGGUCGUGUCUGAUGUCACACAGAAGUCAUCAGUCAGCGUGCUGUUGACAAACCUCAUCAAGGGGAAGCUGCUUCCCUCGGCUCUCGUCUGGAUAACUUCCAGACCUGCAGCAGCCAAUCAGAUCCCUCCUUCAUGUGUGGACAGGGUAACAGAAGUACGAGGCUUCACUGACGCCCAGAAGGAGGAGUACUUCAGGAGGAGAUUCAGUGAUGAAGAGCAGUCCAGCACAAUCAUCUCACACAUCAAGACAUCCAGGAGCCUCCACAUCAUGUGUCACAUCCCAGUCUUCUGCUGGAUCACUGCUACAGUUCUGGACCACAUGUUGAUUACAGACCAGAGAGGAGAGCUGCCCAAGACCCUGACUGACAUGUACUCACACUUCCUGCUGAUUCAGACAAAGAGGAAGAAGAACAAGUAUGAUGAAGGACAUGAGACGAGUCCAGAGGAGCUGACGGAGGCUGACAGUGAACUUCUUCUGAAGCUGGGGAGGCUGGCGUUUGAACAACUGGAGAAAGGAAACAUCAUGUUCUACCAAGAAGACCUGGAGCAGUGUGGUCUUGAUGUCACAGAGGCCUCGGUGUUAUCAGGAGUUUGUACACAGAUCUUCAAAAGAGAGAGUGUGAUCUUCCAGAAAGCAGUCUACAGCUUUGUUCAUCUGAGCGUUCAGGAGUUUCUGGCUGCAGUCUACAUGUACCACUGUUACACCAGCAGGAAGACAGAGGUACUGGAGGGUUUCCUGGGAGAUGUGAAUGAAGAAGAAGAAGAAGUAGAAGAAGAAGAAGAAGAAGAGGGAGAAGAAGAGGAAGAAGACAAUCAUUACCCAUCCCUGGAUGACUUCCUGAAGAGAGCCAUGGAGAAAUCUCUCUUCAGUAAAAAUGGCCACCUGGACCUGUUUGUCCGCUUCCUUCAUGGCCUCUUUCUGGAGUCCAACCAGAGUCUCUUAGGAAGCCUGCUGGGUCAGACAGAUAACAGUCAAGAAACCAUCCAGAGAGUCAUCAACAACCUGAAAGAGAUGAAUACCCACAGAAUUUCUCCUGACAGAAGCAUCAACAUCUUCCACUGUCUGAUGGAGAUGAACGACCGCUCAGUACAUCAGGAGAUUCAAGAGUUCCUGAAGUCAGAGAACAGAUCAGAGAAGGAACUCUCUGUGAUCCACUGCUCAGCUCUGGCCUACAUGCUGCAGAUGUCAGAGGAGGUUCUGGAUGAGUUGGACCUGGAGAAGUACAACACAUCAGUGGAAGGACGACAGAGACUGAUUCCAGCUGUGAGGAACUGCAGAAAGGCUCGACUUUCUGACUGUGGACUCUCUGUGACUCACUGUGAACUCUUGGCCUCAGCUCUGAAGUCUAACCCCUCUCACCUGAGAGAGCUGGAUUUGAGUGGAAAUUAUCUACAGCAUCGAGGGGUGAAGAUGCUGUCUACUGGACUCAAGAGUACACAUUGUAAACUGCAUACUCUAAGGCUUGAUCGAUGUGAACUGUCAGAGGGCAGCUGUAUUUUUCUGGCCACAGCUCUGAAGUCUAACCCCUCCUAUAUGAAAAAUCUGGAUCUGAGUAACAACAACCUGCAGGAUUCAGAAGUGAAACAGCUGUUUGCAGAACUGGAGAGUCCAGACUCCCAACUGGAGGCUCUGAGAUUGAGUUCGUGCAGGUUGUCAGAGGUCAGCUGUGCUUCUCUGGUCUCAGCUCUGAAGUCCAACCCCUCCCAUCUCAGAGAGCUGGAGCUGAACAACAACAACCUGAAAGAUUCAGGAAUGAAACAGCUGUGUGAUUUUCUAAAGAUCUCAUACUGUAAACUGAAGACUCUGAGAUUGAGUUUCUGCAGGUUGUCAGAGAUCAGCUGUGCUUCUCUGGCCUCAGCUCUGAAGUCCAACCCCGCCUAUCUGAGAGAGCUGGAUCUGGGUCACAACAAGCUGCAGGAUUCAGGAGUGAAGCUUCUGUCUGAUGUACUGGAGAGUCCUCAUUGUAGACUGGAGACUCUGAGGCUGUCAACAUGUACGAUCACUCAUGAAGGCUGCUCCUCCCUGGUCUCAGCUCUGAAGUCCAACCCCUCCCAUCUGAGAGAUCUAGAUCUCGGUCACAACAGGCUGCAGGAUUCAGGACUGAAGCUUCUGUGUGAUUUUCUGGAGAGUCCAGACUGUGGACUGGAGACCCUGAGAUUGAGGUUCUGCAGUUUAUCAGAGAUCAGCUGUGCUUCUUUGGCCUCAUCUCUGAAGUCCAACCCCUCCCAUCUGAUAGAGCUGGAUCUGGGUCUCAACAAGCUGCAGGAUUCAGAUGUGAAGCUUCUCUCUGAUCUUAAGGAGAGUCCAGACUGUAGACUGGAGACUCUGAGAUGGUAGACAGAUGCUUUGACUUCAGAGGGACGGAGACACCAGAACAAAGACAAGGUCCUGAUCCCUCACUGGCUUCCCAUCCAACCAAUACCAUGCAUCGCCGCCAUAGAACCCUGGCUGCUGUGAUGGACUGAUACUCAUACUGGUUGCCCUGGCUCAACUGGUAAAAUUGACUCUAACUCCUGUGGUUUCUGUGGCGGAGAAUCAACUAGUUGUUUGGCUCUGGCCCAAGUUCAAGCUUUCCCCCACCGCCUUGCAACAACAGCAAGGCUCCAAGGCCAGAACAGGCUCUGCUGUUUCAGACUGCAGUUUUAACACAACCACAGUGUUAACGUCUGUGCUGAAACUACGUCCAAUGUGGGUAUUUUGGAUCCACAUGCAUUUAACCCCAGUGGGUAUACAUUUCAGCCAUGGCUAGAAUGCACACUUUUACUUAAUUAUUGUGACCACCAACUAUAAAGAUGUUGUAUUUAUAAAAUGAUUGAUUCAUUCCACAAGCAUACAUCGAGCCACUGCCAUGUGCAGGUUUCUUCCAUGUGGGUAGAGAUGAUGAAAAAGGUACUUUAGCCUGCCUGCUAGAAAAUAACCCACAUUAUUAUGUUAUUUGUCAUUUUGCUGUGUGUUGCUUUAAAUCAAAAACAAACAUUUGAAUGCUGAAACAGGAGGGUUUUGUUUAAAAUGUGAUUAGACAUGGGUCAGAUGCAACAUUGAGACUCUGAUUUGGUGGUGGUUCAUACAAUACAAGCAGAGCCAUGUGCAAAAACCUUUUUAUUGAGUUUUCUGGUUUGCAUCAGUCUUUCUUUAAUCAUCACUAAUAUGCAGCUGCUCUGAAAAAGCCUGCUGCAAAUAUGAUGGAUCAGUCACUUCAGUGUUACCAGGGUUGUGGUUGAAAGUCACCAUGCUUCCUUGUUCUCCUUAAAGGUUCAAAAGUUAGCGCUUCAGGAACUGAUAUAGGCACAGAGGCUAUAUAGUAUAUACACAGCAGCCAAGACAUUUAAACCACUCACCUAAUAUUGUGUAGGUCCCCAUCAUGCCACCAACACAGCCCUGACCCAUCAAUGCAUGGACUUCUGAAGGUGUCCAGCAGCAGAUCCUUUAAAUCCUGUAAGUUGCGAGGUUGGCUUCCAUGGAUCAGACUAGUUUUUCCAGCACAUCCCAUAGAUGCUCGAUCAGAUUGAAAUCUAGGGAAUUUGGAGGCUACAGCAAUACAUUGAAGUCUUUCUCACAUUUCUCAUACCAUUGCUUAACAAUUUUUGCAGUUUAGGCCAUGCUGAAAGAGGACGCUGCCAUCACGGGAAUACCGUUGCCAUGAAGAGCUUUAUUGGGUGUGCAACAAUGUUUAGGUAGGUAGUACAUGUCAAAGUAACAUCCACAGAAAUGCCAGCACCCAAGGUUUCCCAGUAGAACAUAACUCAGAGCAUCACACUGUCUACGCCAGCUUGCCAUAGUGCAUCCUGGUGCUAUCUCUUCCCCAGCCAAGUAAAUGAUGCACACAACCUGAGAUGUUCUAAUGCUCACAUGCCCAUUGAAGGCUCUUUCCACGGUGGAUAGUGGUCAGCAUGGGCACUUUGACCGGUCUGUGACUACGCAGCCCUGUACACAGCAAGGUGUGAUACACUGUGCGUUAUGACACCUGACUAUCAUAUCUAGCAUUAACUUUAAAGCAAUUUUAGCUGGAAAGAAAAUGUGCUAGCCGUUACUCCCCAAGCACAUCCAUGAGCCUGCAGGUUCACUGGUUGUCCUUCCUUGGACCACUUUUGGUAGAUACUGAUCACUGCAUACUGGGAAUACCCCACAAAACUUUCCAUUUUGCAGAUACUUUUUCAUAUAAGUUGCAAUGGUGAGUAAGGACAUUAGCACCUGUGAUGAAGUGCUGCACACUUACAGCAAAGGCUUUAAGGAGGAAAAAGCUGCACACAUACAAUACCACCAUCAUCAAGCACAGUACAACAGUCUUUUGACUAGUAAAAGAGAAACAUGACUUGUCUCUAUACAAAAACCCAAUUUAGACCUUCAGUUUUCUUGAUAGGUGUUCCACAGGUCUGAUAAGUGUCCCAAAUAUUUAUGAUAUUCAACUAUUUCAAUUUCAGAACCCUGAAGAGCCUGGAAAUUAGCAGUACACUGAAUACUCUUAGGUGAAAUAAUACAGCAUUGGCCGAAUUUGCAAUAAUGCCACCUCAAUAAAUAUUGCAAGACAUGGGCUUAAGGUAGCAAAACUGUAAACCCCUUGUGAUAAUAUCCCUGAUAUGGGUAUAAUAGAGUUAAAAAAUGUGCUUCUUCUAAAUUAAAAUGAUGUGUGUACGAAUUCACAAUGUAUGGCUCCUCCUACCGCUGUAUGAUCAAUAAAGACACCUUGUACUAUUGGUAAAA